AUAAAAACACCUGCAAAGACAUGAAAAGCAAUGUGGUUCAGAUGACAAAAUUUUUUCUUGUACUUUAUGUUCUCGAGCCUAUAAAAAUAAAUGCCAUUUAGUAAGGCAUUUAAAGCAAUGCGGAUAAUCCCCUUCGUAAGAUUGUUAAUAUUGUCAAGGGAGUUUUUUUCGAAAGGAUCUUUUAGCUGUUCAUGUUGUGACAUAAAAAAAUUUGUUUGUACUACAUGUUCAAGAUCUUACAAAUUAAAACGUGAUCUACAAAGGCAUUUAAAGCAAUGUGGGAAAUUGCCCCUGCUCAAAUGCCAAUAUUGUGAGAAGAGUUUUUUUCGAAAAGAUCAUUUAACAAAUCACAUUGGUCUUAAACACUCUAAACUUUCAUUUCCAUUCUGAUUGACUGUUAAAGGGAGUACUGAAUAAGGCAAAUUGUAAUAUUUAGUUAGGUUUAAUUUUUUAUUUUAAUGGUUGAUUAUGCUUUUCAAAUUAUCGAUAGCUUAUCAUUAAAACUUUGUGAAUCCAUAAAAACAAAUCUUAUACAAGGAAACGGAACUAUAAUUCUAUUAUAGAAAAGUAAACAUUUUUUUUUUUUUUGCUGUGUAUUGACAAUUUCCUGACAUUGUUAAAUAAAAAACACUAAAUAUAAAAAGUAUUCGAAUAAAUGAGUGAAUAUUAGUUACUCACAAGACUUUCGUGUUUUAUGAUUUGGACUUGAAAGGUUUUAGAAUUGAGCCACCUUAUUGUUAUAUUGUUAUAUUUCUAAAUUAAUUCUUUUUAUAGUUUUAGUUCUUUCUAUAUUGAUUGAUGUUAGAAAAGAUACUAAAAAAUAUCUGUUUUAAAUAUAAAAUUAUCCCCUCCUCCUCUGGCACAGUAUAAAAAAUUCUGUUUAUUUCUGAGCAAGUUUGAAGUAGGAAAUAGCUAUUGAGGCUUAUAAUUACAAUCAUUACAAAGUUUCAGUAAAUAAACUUGUCUGAUGUUAGAACAUUGUAAUUUAUAUUUUAUAACUUUGAUUUUUUAAUUAUUUUUUUAAUCUGAAUUUUUUAAAAUUAAAAUUGUAUGUCUAGCACAAUUCAGCUUAUAUUUAUCAAUAUCCUCACCUGUGAAAUGUAACAAAAAAACUAAAUUCAGGUGAAAACUUUGUAAUUAAUAUCCUAAU